GGCCACGCCUCCGCCAAUAGCAGCGCAGCUAGGCGGAUCAAGAUGGCGGCGCUGGCGGCGCUCGCUAGCUUCAGGGCGCUGCGGCUUUGCGGGCGGAGCAGCAGCCAUUCUCUUCCUGACUGGCAUCUGAUAAGAGCCCCAUCCUGCACCACACAGAAUGGUGCCUCCAUGCCAACGAUAAGAGUGCAGUGGGUCGCAUCCUCUGCCUCUGGAGAGACCUUGACUGAUUCCAGCGAGGGGCAGAUUUACCUCAGCGAGAACUGUGUGAAGAGACUGUUGGAGAUUGCAGAAGCAUCUGAGUUUCUGAGGCUGCAGGUAGAAGGAGGUGGCUGCUCUGGUUUCCAGUACAAAUUUUCUUUGGAUACAGUUGUGAAUUCUGAUGACAGGAUUUUUGAACAAGGUGGUGCCCGAGUGGUUGUGGACUUGGACAGUCUGAGCUUUGUGAAAGGGGCCAUGGUGGACUUCAACCAGGAGCUAAUUCGCAGCGCAUUUCAGGUGGUCAACAAUCCACAGGCAGAACAAGGCUGCUCUUGUGGAUCAUCCUUCUCUGUUAAGCUUUGAACAACCAUCUCUUUGAACAACCAGACCCUAGUGGAUGCUGAGUGGCACAUCUCUUUUUCAUUAAGUCCAGCUUCCAGCUGGUGUAAUCAGUUGUAUGGUACCAUGCAAAUAGUCUGGACUGAGUCUCGGAUAAGAACUGAUAUCUCCAGGAUUAGGUGUGAAGUGGCCGGGCACCUGUGUUUUCCUUAAUCCCAAAUGUAUCUUCUCAGUAGGAUCCCUGAUGACUCACUGUAUAGCACUUGAUCACCUUGGGAGAUAUGUGUACAUACUUCUGUAAUUUAACAUAUUUUGGUUUUUUUGAAGUGAUUUCCCACUGCAUGUAAUUUUCAUGUAUGUUAAUAGGCAUAUUUUUUUCUGUAUUUUCAUUUGUACCCUGAUGAAGGCAUGGCUGAGUUAUUGGGGCCCACAGCUGCUCCCCAACCUCCACACAUUCAAAAGCACCUGUUGCAUGGUGCCUAUAUGCAUUUGAAUGCACUUGAGAUCCUGUACAGAUGAUCUGGAACCCUGGGAAAAGGAGCGUUGCUAUGUACAAAGUUUUUAAGGAUUGUCUUGCAAGGGAAUUUUGUUGUGAGGAUGUUGCGAGUACCAAAUGGGGAGAAGGUUAUGUUGCAUAUGUUCCAUAACUUAAGGUUUCCUUUCUCCUUUUGCCUUCUCUGAAUGGCAAACAAGAGGCAUUAAAAAAACCCCACUUGUUUCAUCUUUUGGCCAAGAAACUCAGUAUUGUUGUUGUUUUAAAGGAAGUGUUGCGUAAUUACAGUGCUAAAUAAUUAA